CACCGACUCAUUUCUUGAGAAAAUUGGUGAAGAAGCUUGAAAUUUCUCCUUCUUUCUUAUUCAAUCACAAGAUUUGGGGCUUAGAACUCUCUCUAAACCCAGAAAUUUCUAGAUCUGUUCUGCUCUGCGUCUUUCUCCCUUUGCUGUCCGCCAAUUGCUGGUGGGUGGGUGGCGAAAUUUUCAGGUUUUUGAGUUGCCAUCGGCUUCUUCCCCCUGCCGGUUCGGUUCUGCAGCUGGAAAAAUUCUGGUAUGAUGGCCACUUCUUUAAGUUCGAAAUUAUUCAUUAAUUGCUGCCUUGUUGAGUUUAAUUGGUUGUAUGGGUUCCCUGUGUUGUCCGAAAAACCUGCUGGAAGUCUUAGUGCUGUUUUGCCAAGCUCGGUUCCUCCAUUUUGUCCGUUGGAAAUUUUCUGUUGAGAUGGAGGAGUUUCGGCAGCCUUAAAACAUGGGUUUUUAAGCUUGCUUAAUGUAGAAAAUUAGCUUAUUUUGGCUAUUGUGAUUUUUGGAGAAAAUCCCGUGAAUUAGCUACUGUUUUGCCAAAUUUCUGGAAGUUGCAGUUACUGUUCACGGCGUGAGUACUGUUCACGGGUACUGUUCAUGGCAUGUUCACAGAUUACUAUUCACGCACUAAUGGCCAAUGAUAGGAAGGUUAAAAUGUUUAGUUUCUAAUAAGAAUGAAAUUAGAGGUGUUCAGUCAUGUGGAGGUUAAUAUAAAUAGCAUCUUGAUUAGGGGGUGAUCCUAAUGAUGUUUUCACUGUGAAUUUGCGGGUGCAUGGUAUUAAUUCUGGGGUAUUUUGAUUAGGUUCUUGAGUGUUCUAUCACCUGAGCACUUGGCUUGAAUUCCCAGUAUUACAGAUUUGAGGUAAGUAAAUUAUGGUAACGCCCUUUGAUUUCAAAGCAUGUUUUAAAUUGUUUUUAAGAUGGUGGCAAGAGCAUGCCUAUUUGGAAUUGACUGAGCUGCCUUGAUGAAUUGAGAAUUUUGUAAAUUCUGAGUUUUUCUGUUAAAUCCAUGUUCACAUGGAAAUUUUCCAAUUUAUUUUUGAAAUUUGAGAUUGAUUGUGAAUUACGAAUUUUUCUGUAAAUUCUGCAUGGUUUUGUCUCUGAUAUAAUCAUGAUUAUUGACGCCCGCCAGUGGGAGUUUGCAAACGCUGGCACAUGUAGACAUAUUUACUAAUAUGACCGGUUCAUUUUGUAAUCCUGUUAAUGGGAUGAUACAUUGGUAAUUACUGACACCUGCCAGUGGGAGUUUGUUAAACACUGGUAAUUAUUGAUGCCUACCAGUGGGAGUUUGUUAAACACUGGUAAUUACUGACGCCUGCCAGUGGGAGUUGUUAAACAUUGGUUAUUACUGACGCCUGCCAGUGGGAAUUUGUUAAACACUGGCCAUGACUUAUUGAUGAGACUACUACUGAAUUUUCUUUUGCAUUAACGGUUUGUCAUUGAACGCUUUGCUAUUGAACUGAAUUUGAUUCUGCAUUAAUGGUUUAUCAUUGAACGUUUUGUUAUGUUAAACUGUUUAUCAUGCAUGCUAAAAUUUUACCUAAGGGCUAUCCAUAUUUACUUAUUAAGUUAUCUCAUAGUUUUUCCUUGUCCACCAUUUCAAGAAGUGAAGUUAAGGACGGGGAAAAACAAGGGGAGUGACGAGUUAGAAGGUUGUCCAUCUUGUAAAUUGAACAUGGAUUUUAGAUAUAAAUCAUGAUCUUGUAAGCUAGACUUUAUUUGAAGAUUUUAUGAUAUCAGGGCAAAUUUUAAAAUUUUAUAUUAAUAUUUUGUGGUAUCAGAUUGUGGUAUGAUAAGUUCCGAGCCUUCUACAUUAAUGGUUUGUCAUUGAAUGCUUUGCUAUUGAACUGAAUUUCAUUCUGCAUUAACGGUUUAUCAUUGAACGUUUUGUUAUGUUAAAUUGUUUAUCAAGCAUGCUAAAAUUUUACCCAAGGGGUAUCCAUAUUUACUUACUUUUACUAAGUUAUCUCAUAAUUUUUCCUUGUCCACCAUUUCAAGAAGUGAAGUCAAGGACAGGGAAAAAAACGAGGGGAGCGACGAGUUAGAAGGCUAGCCAUCUUGUAAAUUGAACAUGGAUUUUAAAUAUAAAUCAUAAUCUUGUAAGCUAGACUUUAUUUGGAGAUUUUAUGAUAUCAGGGCAAAUUUUAAAAUUU